CCGAGGGGCCGGAGCUCCUGGCGGUGCCGGAUCCUGACGGUGGCCUUCCCCUGGGUCUGUAAGUGCGGAGGCGGCCGGAGCGCCGGGUAGGGGUCUGCCAAAAUGUCUGAAAGAUCAGAUCUCCUUCACUUCAAGUUUGAAAAUUAUGGAGAUUCAAUGUUACAAAAAAUGAACAAAUUAAGAGAAGAGAAUAAAUUUUGUGAUGUUACAGUUCUCAUAGAUGAUAUUGAGGUACAGGGGCAUAAAAUUGUGUUUGCUGCAGGUUCCCCCUUCUUAAGAGACCAAUUUUUACUGAACGAUUCCAGAGAGGUGAAAAUCUCCAUAUUACAGAGUUCCGAAGUGGGGAGACAAUUGCUCUUAUCCUGUUACAGUGGUGUGCUGGAAUUCCCUGAGAUGGAACUGGUAAAUUACUUGACGGCUGCGAGCUUUCUUCAGAUGAGCCACAUUGUAGAACGGUGCACACAGGCCUUGUGGAAGUUUAUAAAGCCAAAACAACCAAUGGAUAGUAAAGAGGGAUGUGAACCGCAGAGUGCUUCUCCCCAGUCAAAAGAACAUCAGGGAGAUGCCAGAGGCUCCCCAAAGCAGGACUCACCUUGUAUCCAUCCAUCUGAAGACAGUAUGGAUAUGGAGGACAGUGAUAUUCAGAUUGUUAAGGUAGAAUCUAUUGGGGAUGUAUCAGAGGUUAGAAGUAAAAAAGAUCAGAACCAGUUUAUUUCUUCUGAACCCACUGCUUUACAUUCAUCAGAGCCCCAGCACUCCCUGAUAAAUUCAACUGUGGAAAACAGAGUAAGUGAAAUAGAACAAAACCACCUCCACAAUUAUGCCCUGUCUUACACAGGCAGUGAUAACAUCAUCAUGGCCUCAAAAGAUGUCUUUGGGCCUAAUAUUCGAGGUGUAGACAAAGGCCUACAGUGGCAUCACCAAUGCCCAAAGUGUACCAGGGUGUUUCGUCACCUGGAGAACUACGCCAACCAUUUAAAAAUGCACAAACUCUUUAUGUGUCUACUCUGCGGCAAGACUUUUACUCAGAAAGGCAACCUUCAUCGACACAUGCGUGUGCAUGCCGGCAUUAAACCUUUCCAGUGUAAAAUCUGUGGGAAAACCUUUUCUCAGAAGUGUUCCUUACAGGAUCAUCUUAACCUUCACAGUGGAGAUAAGCCCCAUAAAUGUAACUAUUGUGACAUGGUUUUUGCACAUAAGCCAGUUUUGAGGAAACAUCUUAAACAGCUGCAUGGCAAAAACAGCUUUGAUAAUGCCAAUGAAAGAAAUGUGCAAGACCUCACAGUGGACUUUGAUUCUUUUGCAUGUACAACAGUCACAGACUCUAAAGGGUGUCAGCCACAGCCUGAUGCGACACAGGUCCUGGAUGCAGGUAAACUGGCCCAAGCUGUCCUGAACUUAAGGAAUGAUAGUACUUGUGUGAAUUGAGUAGGGCCUUUAUGCUCCUAACUAGAACUGACUGCAAACAUGGCAAUAGUCUGAGUCUUUUUAGGAGUGAUUUUGCGAAUUUGACUUCUCCAAAGCCUCUGUGCUUUGGAAGUCAUAGGGGUGAGUCAAAGCACUAAUAGACCAGGCAACUUGCCACUUGGAGUGGUCUUGCCUUCCUUUUGCCCUUUCCCAUGUUCUGUUUUGAAUUAUUUAUCCUGUGAUGUCUGUUUUCCUUUCCCAAGGAGUAUUCCACCUGUCUACCUAACAUUGACUUAUGUCUUAGACUGACACUGUUUUAGACUUUUCACUGCGCACAUUCUGAAGGUACCAACAAGUUAAUAAUAUCACUUCCAAUCCACUAAUAGAUGCUAUGCUAAGAGAAGCGAAGAAUAUUUUUCAUUGGCAGAAAAUAAGCUGAGAUAUAAGGAGAUACUGCUGUUGGCCUGAAUAUGUGAUAGAAUUUGUAGUUGCCUUGCCUACUGAUAAUUCAUCUAUGUCUGAUAAAUGAAUGA